AUGACUAUCACCGUCGGAGUCCUAGCCCUGCAGGGUGCAUUCUUUGAGCACGUACAACUGUUGAAGAAGGCAGCCGAGCAAGCGCCUCCAUCGGAAUGGCACUUCAUUGAAGUACGGACGCCACAAGAGCUGGCAACAUGCGAUGGUCUAGUCUUGCCUGGAGGAGAGAGUACCACCAUGUCAUUGGUUGCAGCAAGAUCAAAUAUUUUAGAACCAUUGCGGGAAUUCGUCAAAGUGGAUCGCAAACCAACGUGGGGUACCUGCGCUGGGCUCAUUUUGCUGGCCGAAUCUGCCAACAAGACCAAGAAAGGCGGGCAAGAGUUAAUCGGUGGUCUUGAUGUCCGAGUGAACCGAAACCAUUUCGGUCGACAGACUGAAAGUUUCCAAGGCCCAUUGGAUCUGCCUUUCUUGGGUCAAGAUGCUCCUCCUUUCCCAGCAGUUUUUAUUCGAGCUCCCAUUGUCGAAAAAAUCCUUCCUCACCAUGAGGGUGUUCAGACAGAAGAAGUUCAGCAAGAAGAUGUUGUCGUGGCACCAUCACGACAGGCGCGGGACUCAGUGGCGCAAGCAGCGACAGCUGAAAAGGUCGAGGUACUGGCCACAUUGGUGGGACAGACAGCUCGUUCAGCCACAGAGGGCCAAGAUGGCGACCCCGACAAAGAAGUUGGAGACAUUGUUGCAGUACGACAAGGCAAUGUCUUCGGUACUAGCUUCCACCCAGAGCUGACAGGCGACGCAAGAAUCCAUACUUGGUGGCUUCGUGAGGUGCAAGCAGCUGUGCUGAAGCGGAACAAAUUGAAGCAAUAG